AUGUCUCAGCAGUACGCCAAGGACCAGCCAGAGGGCUUUGUCAACAAGAUCGAGCGAGUCGCCAUCGCUGGUGGAAGCGUUGGCAAAUUCCUCGCCAAAUAUCUCAUUGCCACUGGAAAUCAUACAGUCACCGCCAUAACUCGUAAGGACAGCACCAACAAGGUCCCCGAAGGCGCCCACGUUGUCACGGUCGACUACGAUGACGAGGAAUCUCUCAUCGAAGCUCUCAAAGGACAGCAGUUCCUUGCUAUUUCCAUGGCUGUGACCGCCCCUCCUGGAACUCAAGAGAAGAUCAUCUAUGCCGCCGCCAAAGCAGGGGUCCCCUGGAUCAUGCCCAACUGUUUCGGAGUUAACGUUUUUAACAAGUCCCUUGUGGAGGAGAACUUGACUGGCAAGGGUGUUCUUUCAGGCUUCGAGGCUAUUGAAGCAGCUGGCGUCUCCUCAUGGAUCGCCAUGUGCUGUUCUUUCUGGUACGAGUUCUCUGUUGCUCAGGGACCGGGGUGGUAUGGCUUCGACAUGAGCAACGGCAAGAAGAAGGUCACAUUCUACGACGACGGCAACACCCAAAUCAACACUUCAACAUGGGAUCAAUGCGGUCGUGCUUUCGCAGCCCUUCUCAGCCUAAAGGUCAUCCCUGAUGACGAGAAUGACAAGUCAGCCACCAUCUCGCAAUGGCGAAACAAGCCCCUCUUCAUGUCCAGCUUCCUCCUAUCUCAGCGCCAGAUGCUCGACAGUCUGCAGCGCGUGACGGACACCACGGACAAGGACUGGGAGAUUGAGUACGAGGGAUCCAAGGAGCGAUGGGAGCGAGGCAUGAACCUUCUCAAGGGCGGAGAUUACUCUGGCUUUACGCUCGCCAUGUAUGCUCGGACCUUUUACCCCAAUGGUGAUGGCAACUUUGAGGCCCAGCAUGAAUUGGCGAACAAAGCACUUGGUCUGCCAGAGGAAGACUUGGAUGAGGCUACUGCGAGGGCUAUAGAAAUGGUUGAUGAGCGAUAUAACUAUCUCCAGAACCGAACUCGUUAA